CUAGUAGCCUAUUACAGGACAUAGAGCUGCUGAAACCGUCGACAUGGCACAAUUAUCUCGCAUCCCGGUGGCUCUUCUCCUCGUCCUAGUCGCCGGGGAGGCAGCCGCCACGCCGUACGCCCGCGGCAGGGACGCCCAGCUGGCCAGCAGCUACAGCCGCGUCUUCAGCUUCGGCGACUCGCUUACCGACACGGGGAACGCGGCCAUCCUCCCGGCCACCGCCGGGGGGCCCUCCUCCCACGCGCCGUACGGGGAGACCUACUUCCACCACCCCAGCGGCCGGGCGUCCGACGGCCGGCUCAUCAUCGACUUCAUCGUGGAGUCGCUGGGGUUGCCGGAACCAGCUCCCUACCUCGCCGGCGAGACCGCGGAUGACUUCCGGCAUGGCGCGAACUUCGCGGUGGGCGGCGCGACGGCGCUCGACCCGGCGUUCUUGAAGAGCAGAGGGAUAGCGACGUUUGUGCCGGUGUCUCUUAGCAACGAGACGAGCUGGUUCAACAAUGUCUUGGAGCUUCUUGCCUCCACGGCGUACGGUAAAUAUAAAGCAACUUGCUGCUAUUGGUAAUUGUGCCAUGUAGGAGUAGUAACUUAUUCAGGGUAGUUGGCUACAGGGAAUCUAUAGGGCUAGUUGUGGAAAAGUACUUUUUUCUUCUUUAGACUAUUGAAGAAUUACACUUGGUUCAGCGGGGAAGCAAAAACUUGAGCUGUAUAGUCAAUUGACUACAUAGCUUUUUACAAAAACAUCAUACGGCAAGCAGAAAUUAUUCCUGAAAAACACAUAAAUGCAUCCAUCUGACUACACAACUCUCACUUGACCACACAAGAUUGGAUUCCUGGCACCGCCACUGACUUGGUUAGAGUAUUUCAUAGUUCUUGUCGUGUUUUUAGUUCAAAAGCUAUUAUAUUCUUCAGAAAUCGCCUUAUAGACAUAAAUAAAUCUUAGAUGACUUAGGAUUAGUAAAACAGUCAAAGUAACUAAUUUUAGUUACAAGUAUAUGCUAAUUAUUUUGAUAGGGACACUUUACCAGGAACAAAGACAUACAUCACAGUCGAUGCAUGCUAAUCAGGUGUUAAUAAAACUUUAUAUGGACAGGGUUUGCAGAAACAUCAGAUGUGACAUAUGACCCUCUAAAUUAUUACUCCAUCAGUUGACAAAUAUAAGAUGUUUUGGAUAUUUAAUUAUGGAUUGCAUACAAACAAAAAUAAGUGAACAAACGCUCUAAAAUGUGUCUGUUAUGACCGGUCAGGUCUAUGGCCGCCGUGGGCCCACUGGGCAGGCUUAAGGCCCAAGUUAUCUUAGGUUUAUUUUUAGAUUAUGGUUAUAUAUACUAGUUGUAAAACUAUUUUGAGAAUCAAGCAAUAAGACUAUUCUAUUGCCCGGCUCCCAGAGGAGCCGGAACCCUAAACCCUAGCCGCCUCCUGCUUGCGCUGCUGCCGCCAAUCCGCAAGGACGGCGCCUCGCCGCCGGCCGCCGCGCUCCAGCCCUCGCCCACCUCCCUCCUUCCCCUAUAACCUACGCCCUCGGAAAGGCAAAACCCUAGCUCCUAACACCUUGAUAUCAGGUACCCGGGUUUUGACCAUGUCUUCAUCGCCUCCAAACCCGCCGCCACCACAGACACCGCUGCCCAGAGCCUCCCCCAUCAUCGCUGCCACCGAUUCCACCAACGCCGCCGCUGCGUCGCCGGGCGCCACCGCCUCCCUCUCGGCGUCGAUCUCCCCCGCACUCGGCACCACGCCGGGCCAGGGACAGCCGCAAACCCAGCAACCACCGCCGUCGCCUCCCCCAAAGCCGCAGCAGUUCACACCGGAGGCCAUGGCCGGCGUGCUCAACGACUUGGUCGUCGCGGUCCAGGGCAUCCGCCUCUACUUGGCUAGCCCGUACGGGCCGCCCCCGCAGCUCCAUCCGGCCGUGGCCGCGGGCCAGCAGCCACUGUCGUGGUACUUCAUACCCGCGGCCAUCACCGGGGGCUAUCCG